UUGGGGAAGACAUUUUUAAGAGCUUGAAUACUUUGUCUUGCUUGGUGUUUGUAUGUUUUUUUUUUUAAGUUUUGCUUCUCGAAUGGAUGUUUCUAAACACAGAUGACUUUUUUCCCUUACAAUGAAUAUCUGCCUUUCUGCAUGAAUAUUGGUUCUGUGCUCUUGAAAAAUCAAGGAAAUAAACCAUGAAAUCUACUAUCAUCUUCCUCCUUCUUGUACCAGUUUGCUGGGCCAAGCCAUUUCAAACAGGCUUAUUUGACUUUAUGCUCGAGGAUGAGGGCUCUGGGGUAGAUCCCGAUGAACACCUUUUUGAUCCAUUGGUGCCAGUCUGUCCUUUCCGUUGCCAGUGUCAUCUUCGAGUUGUUCAGUGUUCUGAUUUGGAGGUGGUCUACCUCCACAACAAUAACAUUUCCAGUGUGGGAUCCAAUGACUUCUGCCCCCCAGAUUACAACAGCAGAAAGGCUACUUACUCAGGCUUAAGCCUCUUCAGUAACCCAGUACAGUACUGGGAGAUCCAGCCCUCGACUUUCCGAUGUAUCUAUGAACGCUCGGCCAUCCAGCUGGGGAACUACAAAUAGAUCUAGAGAGAAAGUGUAAGCAAAAGAGGGGGUUCAGUUGUGUAACAGCUAAAAAUAACAUGGCAAAGGCCUAUUAGUGUAAAGCUAGAUACUGGAAAUCUAACUCUUAAGCGGACUUUCCCUUUACAAUUAGUUCACUAUGCAUUUAGACCAAAUAUACAGUUGAAAUGAUUGCCUACCAUGAUUUAAAAAAAUAGUAAUAUUUUGCCUGCAAUUUUCAGCCUACUUUCUGAAACCUCUUUUAAGUUCUUCCCAGUUUCCAUAAAUUGUUGUAUAUGAGAUUUGGAAUAGACAUUUGUCUAAUAUCUGAUCAUUAAACUUUAACUUUUGAAAUCUUGAGAAUGGAUAAAGUUUAAAAGGGAACCUUUAUUUUUUUUCCUUUUAUUGCUAAUUCCUGAAGCAAUCAUUGUCUUUGGCUUUAAUUCAAACCCUGGAGGUUUACUAAUUAAUAUCCACUAUCAUUUUGUAAGCAUCAUGUUGAAUGUAUCUAUUUACACAGGCUAUGUAAAAAGCGCUAUCAUCAUUGUUUUGGCAAAAAAAUACUCAUAAUGUAUUCAUAUUUACAUUUUUUAAAAGUGUUGGUUUGCAAACCUUCCCUGAACAGAAUCUUUUAAAGAAAGCACAACUCACUUUGGCUAUCAAAAUAAUAAAUCGUUUCAAGUUCCAGGCA